UGCAGAUCGUUCUCAGCAUCUUCGCCGUUGUCAGUUUUGUCCGCGUCCAGCAACGUACUGCAGGCAGUCGUACAUGGAAUGUCGGGGAGGGAGUAUAUAUCCCUCGCCAGCCGCGUCUUGGGCCAGAAAAGCAGCCUGAAGUUGUCUAUCCACCAUGCAAAACACUUCCAACGACCAGGCUACGUCUGGCGAGACUGAACCGCUUCAGCUCUCUGAAGAAGAGUUUGCACUACUCCUGCGAAUUCUUGGGCAUGAUAUGGUAGCCAGACUUCUUGAGGUACCCUUGAGCCCUCGCAAUUCUGAGACUGUCCCUAACGCCAUACCGAAGGUCCCUUCCGCGGGCCAUGCUCUAUCGCCCGAGGAAUGGGACGCCUGCUACUCCGCUAUCAUACGCAUGACGGCGUCUGAAGAGAUCAAAUCGCCUCCGCCUGCGAACUUCAAGUCUUCGUCGUCGGAGGCCGAGACUUGGUUGUUUGAGGCGCCAACGGCCGAUCAGUCAUGCUCACAGCCUUUGCCUCGCACCGAGGUGUCCACAGCGCUCCGGAUAAAGGCCACAACCGCCCGACGAAAGGAUCCCGUUGCCCCCGUAAUUCCCUGCACCUGGCUGGGGUGCGAGUCUACCUUUACUACCAGACAGGGCAAUCUGAAUGACCACUUGAUGUUGCACGAGAAUAAGCAGGAAUUCAAGUGCCCUGUAGCGUCCUGCAUAAAGCGCUUCCCUACUGCGGGGUUUCUUAGGAACCACCUUCGGGACGCGCACAAGGAGAAGGCUUCGGGUUUUAAGUCACGUCCGUUCAUCCAACGUAUGCGUCGGUUUCUGUAG